CGUGUCAGCAGGUCUCAGACAAUAUGGAGUCCAGCGAGUCACUUCUCUUGGUUGUUGUAGUACAGCUCUCUCUGCUAGCACUCUGCGUAACUGCCCAAGAGUAUGUGACAGUGGACACACAAGAAGGCACCCUCAGGGGCCUCAUGGCAGAGACGUACACAGGGAAGCCCAUGUUCAGGUUCGAAGGCGUCCCAUAUGCAAAACCACCCACGGAAGAUCUUCGUUUUCAGCCGCCAGUGCAGCAUGACGUAUGGACUGGGAUUCGGGAUGCCCUCAAGGUCUCGUGGAGAUGCACGCAGUACUCAGGGGGAGGGGUCGGAAUCGAGGACUGUCUGUACCUCAAUGUUUAUGGACCAGGUACCCCGUCGCAGAACGAUACUCUGAAGGCUGUUAUAGUUUGGAUCCACGGCGGAUGUUUCACAUCGGGACAAGGCACCAACGGCGUGCCGCACUAUUUCGUCGACAACGACGUUGUUUUCGUGACCAUAAAUUAUCGCCUUGGACUUUUCGGUUUCUUAAGCACUGGUGAUGAAGUCGUUCCUGGAAACAUGGGACUAAAGGAUCAGACGGAGGCACUUCGCUGGGUGCAGAGAAACAUCGCGGCGUUCGGGGGCGACCCCCAGCGAGUCACCAUACUCGGCCAAAGCGCCGGAGGAGCAUCCAUUCAGUACCACCUCAUGUCUCCACUCAGCAAAGGACUGUACAAGAACGCUAUAUCAAUGAGCGGAUCAGCGUUAAACCCUUGGGCAUUCUCUAAAAACGCAACUGACAGAGCUAUACGAUAUGCCAAAACUUUGGGAUACAACGGAACGACUUCCACUGAACUUGUAGAUUUUCUGAAAACUUUUGAGGCAAGAGCACUAGUAGUAAAUGCAACCUCGGCUCUAUCGGAAGAGGAUAGUGUGAGUUUGUUCAGCUGCGUAUGGGCACCUAGUGUUGAACCAGAAAACGAUUCCGCGUUUUUGACUGAAGAGCCGCAGAAAAUUGUGGCUGAGGGUCGCUUCAAUAAAGUUCCCUACCUCGCAGGAGCACUUGACCUCGAGCAGUUGAGACAAACGCAGCGAAACGGAGUGUUAUCCACAGAGGAACAAGUGAGCAAUUUAAACGAGAACUUUGACACGAUCGUGGGUUGCGACAUCAGACUUCCGACGAGGCAAGAGCGAUUGGACGCCGCUAAUUCUGUCAAACAGUUCUAUUACAAUGGCAGUGACAUCACUUUGGAGGACAGCUACACCACAGCACUGUUUGAUUCGCACCUCUUCUUCGUGGAAGGUGUCGACGCCGUGGUGAGAAGUGUGGCCCGCUACUCCACAGAGCCUGUCUACUACUACCUGUUCUCAUUCAAUGGCCCUCUCAGCUCAUACCCUGGCGGUGCAGGGGCAUCGCAUGGAGAUGAUAUACAAUACCUGUUCGCGAGUGAUGAGGUGGAGCCCGAUUCUCCUUCAGGCAUAAUCCAGGCUCAAAUGACAGAAAUGUGGGCUAACUUCGCCAAAUAUGACGACCCAACGCCGGAACAGACAUCACUUCUAACACAGACGUGGAAAGAGUACGAUGAAUCGUCUCAGUUCUACUUAGAGAUAACUUCACCUCUUAAAAACGGUACUAAUGUGUCUGGUCCGUAUAUGAAAUUCUGGCACGACCUGCUCCCUCUUAGUUAAACACCUCUGUUUUGACCGCAAUUGUUUGAAGAACAACACUUGUACCACAGGAAGUUAUGAUACGUGGUAGAUAGAGAGAGAACACUCUCAACAUAAAGUACGUAUACCUGCAAUCACCUGAACAAACUUGAGACAGGUACCACAGACGUUCGAAAACCGUGUAACAUAGGACCGAAGUCGAAUUUAUUCUCGUUUUACUUCUAGUUUUAUUUUCCGCUUUUUUACAAGUCCUGCAAACAUGUAAGUCCACUAACAAUAUCAUGAGCUUCUCCUGUGAAAUUCUGUCAUACAUUGUAGUUUGUAGUUACAAGAAAUUAAUC